UUUUAAAGAUGUACCCUUCGAGCAAUUACAGCCCCAAUAUUUCCAGCUCUUCAUCUUUCUUUCACAUUAAUAUUCCAUCUCCUUCUAUGCAAUAUGAACCCGAAUUCAUCCAAUAUUUCCAUGAUUUUCAAUUCAUCCAACCUAGUUACGAUCAGAAUACCAAUAUUCCUGCAGAAGAAGCUGCUGAUUCGGACAAACUAGAUAAAAUAGAAGAAGAUCAAUCAAUCAUAAAAAGCUGCAAUAAUAACAAGAAGGAUGAGAAGAGUAGUAGCAGUACUAGUACUAUUCGUAGAAAAAACAACAAGAGAACUACGAGUGGUAGUGCUGGUGUAGGACCUUCGAAGAAAGAUAGACACAGCAAAAUCAACACGGCACAUGGCCCAAGAGACCGAAGAAUGAGACUAUCACUUGAAAUUGCUCGCAAAUUCUUCAAUUUGCAAGACUUGCUUGGGUUCGAUAAAGCCAGCAAAACUGUAGAAUGGCUACUCACAAAGUCAAAAUCAGCGGUGAACGAUCUGGUUCAGAAAAUUAACAAAGACAAAUGCAGCGGUAGUGAAAAUCCUAAUAUUGCUACUGUAUCAUCUCCUUCCGCCGAAUCAUGUGAAGUUAUCGACGAAUCAGCUGCAACUAAUACAGCAGAAACUCAGAAGCAACAGAAGAAAAAAGUUAAGUCGAUUCGUAGGGCAAUAAUUCAUCCAGUUGUUGCAAAGGAAUCAAGGAAAGAAGCAAGAGCAAGGGCAAGGGAAAGAACAAUAAUAAAGAAAAGCCUAAAUGAUAACACGAAUAAUAAUAAUAAUGGUGAUCAAUCUAUGGCUGAUGAGGAUUUAACAAGAUCAUUAAGAUCUUGGAAUACUACAUUUGAAGAUCAUCAAUCAGGUAUUCAAGGCUAUAAUAAUAAUAAUAAUAUGAAUGUUGUUGAUAACUUUAAUUUGGUGGAUACUAGCAAUUGGAGCCCAUUUAUGUUCAACUAUCACCAAAUCAAUACUGAAAUUUCUCAAGAGCAUCAAUUUGCGAACUUCCAGUAUUCUGGGAAGUUAUGGGAAGCUUAAUUAGGGCAAAGAAGUUCUUGUUGAUUUAGUGCAACUUCACAAGAAGGCUAUUUGGUCAUGUUGGUAAUGUAAAAUGAAUUUGUCUAUUUUAUUAUUGUGUGUAUUCCAUGAAAAAACAACUUGUAUUUUUCUUAUAAAUAAGCUCAUCUUUAUCUUUC